AUGGAUAUCUCGUCUUCUCAAAGACGGACUACUUGGCAGGCAAGGGAACUGCAUGAGAGAGUGACCCCAGACCGCUGGUGCGUGACCCUUUCUGACCUGAAGUUCUUGAAGAGCAGUGUCGAGUCCUCAAUCGACAGCGGGGCCAUAAAGCCUCCGGCGAAUGGGUCGGAUGUCUUCAGCAGCGAGGAUCGAUUGUACGGUCCAAGCAUCUACACCGUGACGGAGCAGCAUAUCAAGCCCGUGACAGCGCUCGCGGGCAAGAUGAGCUGGGCUUUGAUGCGGAAUCCGAAUGGCUUGGACUGCGAUCUCUUCAUCAGCCAUGCCUGGCAGGAGGGUAUCUUCGAGUUCAUGUCGAAAGUCCUGCACUCCUGGCCGAGGUUCAUGCGGCAUGCUUGGUGCUGCAUGCUAGCAAACCCCCAGCAUCUGGACAUCGCAGCAAUGCUGCAGUCGCCCAGGCAUUCACCUUUUGCAAUCGCCUUGGAAGCUUCCAAGGUCGUUCUGGCAGUCCCCAAUCGGUGCUGCUCAAUUUAUACACGACUAUGGUGUGCUUAUGAAGCUUACCUAGCGGAGGAGCAGGACAAGAUCAUAUUAAUUGCAAGGGCAUCCAACAGAUACGACAUCUGUCAGUCGAUGGUGAAAAUGGCUUCGGCUGCCAUUGUUGGGAUGCUUCUGGGUUGGGCGAUUAACUUUGGGCAUGCGACGGUGACCUUCAACCUAGUUUUCUUAUGCAUCGCCACUGUGGCUGCUGCCUGGAGCAUGGGCACUACUCGCGAUUGCCACCGGAAGUGGCUACAUCUUCUCGGAGAGGCCUUGUGCUGGUUCUUGAUCUUCGAUUGGUACACAGUGCAUGGCCAAUGGGAGAAGACGUAUGCGUACCUCCACCAAUUUACUGCUAUCCAGCAGCGCCUGUGGCUGCUGCUCUUUGCAGGUGCCUUCUGCUUCCUCGAGGUGGAUCGCUUGAAUGGUCUCGCAGCGCUUCAGGAGUCCGAGCAGUUGGGCCAAGGAUAUCGGGGCUCCAUCGUCCAUGCAACGUGCACUCGGCAGGAGGAUGACGAACAGAUCCGACGGGAGAUUGGCAGGAGAGUCGCUGAUGUCGACUAUGCCAUCAAGGUCCUCCUUGAAGCCGGGAUGUCAUCUCCUGCGUUGCGCAGCAUCGCCUGCAAGGGUGUCAGCAUCGAUCAAGCUGCCAAUCCACAGAUCACCCUGCCUUUGCUGGUACUGGUGCCACUGAACUUGAUCAACGUUGUUGCAACGCUCUUCGACAUCUUCUACCUUGAUGAUGACCACUGGGAGCGGAAAUCCAUGGGAGCGACAUCAAUUUUGGUACGAUGUCUCAUUCUGUGCAUGCUGUACAGAAAAACUCGAGAUGAGCGAUGCUUCACAUACUUGGUCAUACAGAAGUUGUCCACCGUAUAUUUGGCUUCCUUGACACCGCGUCUGAUGGUGUGGGAGUUGUCUGCGAACACCACGGUCGCCGCGACUCCGAAUGGUCUGAUGCCAGUGAUGUCAUUCCAGCUCCUGACCUACAGCUUCUGCUUCUUCUUCGCCGUGCUUGGCAUAAGGGGUACCGCUUCCCUUCCUGGGUGCGGCCUCUGCUUGCUGAGGAUGAUCAUGGCUCGAAGCUUUCGGGCCUGCUGCCAUGUGCGGCAUGGCAUGUCGUGUGGAAGCGCGGAGAGCGAAUCUGACUCGGAGAGCUGGAGCAGCUCAAGCUGA